GGGGCGGGGGGGGGGGCAUGCGUAUACGGGAGCUUACCAAGUGCUGUCGUCACAUCCAAGAACACGGAUACUUUUAAAAGACGCCUGGAUAAACAUUGGAUCAACCACCCGAUGAUUUAUGAUAAUAACUGUGGCUAUAAUGUAAGAACCGGAAGCAAAACACCGAGACUAUUAAAUAGUGAGGACGAAGAGGAGGCCACUACACAGGUCCCAAAGACCUGCGGUGGUAAACCACCUAAGCAUCUGGAGAUCCAUGACACUAUCGCAGAGUGCAUGAUAUUUGCCAACCAUUGGGUCGGGAAGAAGAUAGCAGAGGUCUUCCCAAACCAAGCAUUGCUGUGCCAUCACCUUCUGCUUAAGGAAGAGCAGUUUGCAAACCUUCACCACUGUGCAAUGUCCAGGGGAUUUGAAGUACGGACGUCAACCAACAAGAUCCUGGCGUCCUCCUUGGACCAGUGUGUCCUGGCGUUCUCCUUGGACCAGUGUGUUGACCCUGAGGACCCCACUGUUAACAAAAUCAUGAGGAUGCUUGCUACCCAUGCGAUGGCCAAUGCGGCCUUCUUCUGUACAGGGAUCCUGACCCAUGACCAGUUCUUCCAUUACAGCCUGGCUCUGGACUUGUACACGCAUUUCACAUCUCCAAUCAGGCGAUAUACCGAUAUCAUUGCAUAGACCUAUCUCAGGGAUCGAUGAGGAGAUACAGUUGACAUCCUUGAUACCAGCCUUUCAGGUGCCAAGAAAUAUGAUUGUUGCAAAGGCCAAGUUAUAAGGGACAAUGCUUGAAGUAUGUAUAGUGAUUGUGCAAAGAGUCUUAAUUGCAGUGGUAAUUGUGCUACAGACUCAUGCUUGAUCUAAACAUGCAUUUGCAUACUGGACGGUCUGUUCUUUAACAUUAAUUAUCAAGGGCCUUUUAAAGCCCCAUAAAUAAUGAAAGAGCAUAUCAUAUCUUGUUAUCUAUGUUACCAGACCACAUCUAGUGUUGACAUUUUGGCUAUGACUGUAAGGAACACUGAUUUUUUGUGGGUUAACUAUAUUUUACAAAUUAUUUGUUGAUUUUGGGUAUUUAUGUGGCUUUACAACUGUCAUGAAAAAAUAAACCAAAAUGCUAUUUA